CACGACACAAGCCUGCUUUGGCUCGCAUGGAGGCAGCUUUUUUUACUUCUUUUUUUCUUUUCUUUGCUUUCUUGCUCUCUUGUCCUGGCAUUCAUUCGGCGCAUGUUCUAGCGGCGAGUCGGUAGACUACUCAGGAUGUUGGUAGUCCAUGUGUGUGGUGAUGUAUGGGUGAGGCGGCGGUUUGCUUAAAAUAAGACAGCAAGCGCAGCGACUGGUCGCCUCUUUUUAGACGCACAUUCAUUCAUUCAUAGUCAGGUACAUGUACGCACGCAUUCCAAGCUGCUUACUCUUGUAGUCAUUCCAAGAGUUUGCAGCAUCGGCUGGAACCUUUGAAAGCAUCGUGCGGGCCAGCAAAGGGGUGGCUCGAAUCCAAUUUCGAUAGUCACUCAGGUACAUGCAGUGGUAUGGCAGCUGUUUGCCACUCACCGUGCUGGUGGAUGGACAGCACGUCACGACCAAUAAACCGCCCCCCACCCCCAAUCCAUCCAUUCAUCCAUUCAGAAAAAUGCAUCCAGCGGUGUCGCGUCCAUGGCCGGCACAGCAGCUCCCGCCGCCGCCGCCGGGCGUCCCCCGUCGAUCAAACCUGAGCGAAAUCACCAAAAGCUGGCCGUGGCCCAUGUAAGAUUGGCUGCUGCACGGCCCCGUUGAGCGGCCAUCCGUCUCUCUAUCGAUAGGCCUGCCUCGAUCCUGCCUGUGGCGCCCGCCUGUCAAAACGGUCGCCGCAAGCCGUCACCCACUGACGGACACACACACACACACACACACACACACACUCACUCACUCACUCCGAGACCAUCGCCUUUGGAGUGCUGCAAUCACAAUUACAUGUGUAUUCUCCUGUCUUUGUUAGCGUCGACCGACUGCUAUUUAUUCUCCUUCGCUUCGCCUCGCCUCGUCCUCGUCCUCGGAUCAUCCGAGGCGAUCGCGAUGCCCGCCAACCCCCCCUGAGGGAAGCGGAGCGAGUGCUGUGCAAACAGAUUAACAAUCACGGCUUGCUGAAAUGACGCUCCACCACAUGGCUUCCGGAAGCAUGGGUGCCAUAAAUGCCAUGUUGCUCUGUCGCGCCCAUGCGCCUUGGAGCCUGUCACAGGUCGGCCAAGUAGGCAAAGCUUCGAUGGCACCUGGUUACAAAUCCACCUCCACCUCCAUCUGCUGCAUGCUGGUCGAGAGUAGAAGAGAAAGAGAAGAAGAAGAAAAAUUCCCACAUGGCCCCAGAUCGAUGCAUCAUGGAUGGAUCCGUAGUUCCUCUCUAGCCUUUUUUUUUCUACUUUUUUACCCGUUUACUUCCUGCUUUUCAUUCAAAUUCCCCAUGUCCCCUCUCCCCUAUUCCCAACAACAUGCCCAUCCGCCACUACCCAGCCAAUCACCUGCCUCGCUACCCUCUUCAACCACCCCACCCCCUCUCCACACGCCGUAUCGGCAUCGGAUUAUUCUGCCAGACUCCAGCGUGAACUUGUCAACUGUCGUCGGCAGCAGCUGUGUACGUAGUCACAGCUGCUCAUCUAUGUACAUAUGUAUACAUGUAGCGUCAAGCCAGCGCCUCGGACUCUGGACAGUGUCUGUUAUUUCGGUCCGUCGCGCCUUGUCAAUCGUGACAUGCCUUCGUUUCGGCCAUGUUCUUGCAAGCUACUUUUUAGGUUCGCUUUCAACUUGGAAGUUGGUACGAGACGACACUGGAAUCCUUGCCCGGAGUGAGACUUAA